UCUUCUCCCCUCAGCCAGUCAUCGCCGGGGUGCGCGCCAUGGCGGAGCCACUUGCUCCCCCCGCCUCAGCAACCCUUCCACCACCACCGGCAGCAACAGCUGCUGCUGCCGCCGGCUCCCAGCGGCUGCUCUUCACCCACGACCUGGUGUCCGGCCGGUACAGGGGCUCGGUGCGCUUCGGCCUGGUCCGCGUCAUGCAUGGCGAGGACUCCGACUCGGAGGAGGACGAGGGUGGACGAGGCCCCGGCGGCGGUGGCAGCGCGGGAGUGGGAGGAGGAGGAAGCGGCGGCCCCGGGGGAGGCGGAGCAGGCAGCUCGGGCGGUUCCGAGUCCGGAGGCCCGUGCGGAGGCGAGGAGAGCCGCGGCAGCCCCCUCCGCCGCGGCUACGUGCGAGUCCAGUGGUACCCGGAGGGCAUCAAGCAGCACGUCAAGGAGACCAAGCUGAAGCUUGAAGACCGGUCAGUGGUGCCUCGAGAUGUUGUCAGGCAUAUGGGCUCACGUGACAGCCAGUGUGGGACAGUUAUUGAUGUGAAUAUAGAAUGUGCAGUAAAACUGGUGGGAACCAACUGUAUCCUUUAUCCUGUCAACAGCAAAGAUCUUCAGAAUAUCUGGCCUUUCAUGUACGGUGACUGCAUAGCCUAUGACUGGUGGCUAGGAAAAGUAUAUGAUUUAAAGAACCAAAUCAUUUUGAAGCUCUCCAAUGGCGCCAGGUGUUCUAUGAGCACAGAAGAUGCAGCAAAACUCUAUGAUGUCUGCCCACAUGUCAGUGACUCAGGCCUCUUCUUUGAUGAUUCAUAUGGCUUUUAUCCUGGGCAAGUCCUCAUUGGUCCCUCAAAAGUCUUCUCGAAUGUGCAGUGGCUUUCAGGAGUGAAACCUGUUCUCAGCACAAAGAGCAAGUUCAGAGUGGUGGUAGAAGAGGUGCAAGUGGUGGAAUUGAAAGUUACUUGGAUCACGAAAAGCUUCUGUCCUGGAGGUACAGAUAGUAUAAGCCCACCACCAUCUUUAAUCACUCAAGAGAAUUUAUCUAGAGUAAAGCGUCUGGGGUGCUUUGACCAUGCUGAGCGGCAACUUGGGGAAAGGUGUCUCUAUGUAUUUCCUGAGAAAGUGGAGCCUGCAAAAAUCACAUGUGAGUGUCCAGAGAGAAACUGCGUUCUGGGAGAAGGAUCUGUUGCCAAAAAGAUGGCCUGUCCUUGUUUCGUAUCCAACGUAAAGCCUGAAAAGGUAAGGAGAUUGUUGAAGAAGCAGAUAGUGAAGAUCAUGUCAUGCUCCACAGAUUCUCAGGGUACCCUUGAUCUCCCUGAAGGAGAAUCUGCUGCAGCAGGUGACCAACACUCUGAAGACCUUAAAGUCAGCUCAGAAUGUGAACGAGAGGACUCUGCCAGUGAUGCUGUAAGCUUACAGGAUGUAAAGGAAGAGCAUCUUGAUGAAAUGGGGAAAGGGGUCUCCUGUGAAGCAGCUGGGCUGCAGUUGCAGCCACCAUUUGUACUGAAACGGGAUGAUGGCUCCCCGGACUACAAGCUCCAGUCAAUAGAACAGGAUGCUGAUGAUGAAGCAGCAGAUGACACAGACGACACCAGCUCCGUAACGUCUUCUGCCAGCUCCACAGCCUCUUCUCAAAGUGGCAGUGGCACAGGGCGCAAGAAGAGUAUCCCACUCUCCAUCAAAAACCUCAAGAGAAAACAUAAGAAGAAGAAAACAAAGGUUUCCCGGGAGUUUAAACCAGGCGACAGGGUUGCUGUAGAAGUGGUGACCACGAUGACUUCAGCUGAUGUGAUGUGGCAGGAUGGCACGGUGGAGAAAAACAUUCGCUCCAAUGAGCUGUUUCCCGUCCAUCACUUGGAUAACAACGAGUUUUGCCCUGGUGAUUUUGUGGUGGAUAAGAGAGCACAGAGUUCUCAAGAUCCUGGUAUGUAUGGAGUGGUGCAAUCGGGUGACCAUGUGGGCCGUACCUGUGUGGUGAAAUGGUUCAAACUAAGACCCAGUGGAGAUGAUGUUGAGUUGGUUGGGGAGGAGGAAGACGUAAGUGUCUAUGACAUCGCUGAUCACCCAGACUUCCGCUUCCGCACUACUGACUUUGUGAUUCGUAUUGGCAAUGCUGAAGAUGGCGCUUCAGUUGGUGAAAAUGAGCCCUCCGUGGGACAGGUGGCUCGUGUGGAUUUCAGCAGCAAAGUAGAAGUUGUGUGGGCUGACAACUCCAGGACAAUUGUUCUGCCACAGCACUUGUAUAACAUAGAAUCUGAGAUGGAUGAAGAGACAGAUCUUGAUUCUAUAGAUGGUAGUACUAGCGGUGCCUCUUCGGAUGAAUGGGAGGAUGAGAGUGAUAGCUGGGAGACAGACAAUGGCCUCAUGGAAGAUGACCACUCAAAAAUUGAGGAAGUUGAGCCUGAGGAGCCACCUGUGGAAGAGAUGAAAAAGGUGGACGAGCAAGUGCAAGGUGCCGUGGCAAUGGCAGUGGCUGAUCUAGCCGCAGAUAAGUCAGGCAAGGAAGGGACCCCAAAGAGCUUCCGAGAGCUCAAGGAGGCCAUCAAGAUCUUGGAGAGCCUGAAGAACAUGACAGUUGAACAGCUGCUGACAGGCUACCCAACAUCUCCAACAGUAGAACCCGAAAAGCCUACCCGGGAGAAGAAGUUCUUAGAUGACAUCAAAAAGCUGCAAGAAAAUCUGAAGAAGACUCUGGACAACGUAGCUAUUGUGGAGGAGGAAAAGAUGGAGGCCAUGCCAGAGGCAGAGAAGAAGGAAGAGAGAGAAGCACAGACACAGACACCAGUAGCAUCGGAAUGGCCCAGCGAGACGCCAGUGCUUUGCCAGCAGAGUGGAGGCAAGCCAGGAGUUACCUUCACUAGUGCCAAGGGGGAAGUCUUCUCUGUGUUGGAGGGUGCCCCAGAUAGCCAUGCCUUUAAGAAAAUGGAAUUCCAGCCUCCAGAAGCCAAGAAGUUUUUCAGCACAGUGAGGAAAGAAAUGGCUCUGCUAGCAACCUCACUGCCAGAUGGCAUCAUGGUCAAAACUUUUGAAGACAGAAUGGAUCUCUUUUCGGCACUUGUCAAAGGACCCACACGCACACCGUAUGAAGAUGGCCUCUUCUUAUUUGAUAUCCAACUCCCCAACAUCUACCCAGCUGUCCCCCCUCUCUUCCGUUAUCUCUCCCAGUGCAGCGGGAGACUGAACCCCAACUUGUAUGACAAUGGAAAGGUCUGCGUAAGUCUUCUGGGAACAUGGAUAGGCAAGGGCACAGAGAGGUGGACCAGUAAAUCCAGUCUUCUUCAGGUGCUCAUCUCAAUCCAAGGGCUUAUCCUAGUCAACGAGCCUUAUUACAAUGAGGCUGGCUUUGACAGUGAUCGGGGCUUGCAAGAGGGCUAUGAGAACAGCCGGUGCUACAAUGAGAUGGCUUUGAUCCGUGUGGUACAGUCGAUGAUGCAGCUGCUGCGCAAGCCGGUAGACGUCUUUGAGCAGGAGAUCUAUGAGCAUUUCUGCUGCAAUGGCUGGCGCCUGGUCCAUCGCAUUGAGUCCUGGGUGGAGACAAACGAGCUGGUAGAACGGAGCCACGACCACACUGGCCUGGGAGAGUCUUCCUUUGGGCAUGCGGCAUGUGGCGUUCUGGCCGAGAGCCCUGUAGACACUAUGGGGCCACUGGGAGAGCAGGAGCUAGGGGCUGCUGCAGCAGCUAGCCAACUCUCUGAAGGCAAGGAGGAGCUGGAAGACUCUGGUUGUGGAAUGUCAACACUUGCUGCCAGUGACACCCCUCAGUAUUCAGACUCUGAGAACAUGGGCCAGGCCAGAGCAGCACACUUUGCCAGAGACCUAACAGAUGAGGGUAAAGCCGUUCAAGACUCUGCCGCUCAGCCUAGUGUAAAACCAAAGAAAAGGAGAAAGAGCUACAGGAGUUUCCUCCCUGAGAGGAGUGGCUAUCCCGACAUUGGGUUCCCCCUCUUCCCACUGUCCAAGGGGUUCAUAAAGAGCAUCCGUGGUGUCUUGCAGCAGUACCGGGCUGCCUUAGUAGAGGCCAACAUCCCAGAGUGGACAGAAGACAAAUGAAACUUCAGGUUAGGGACAGACAGACGCACAGACAAGAAGGGGAAGCAAGGAGGAAGGAAGAAACUAGCAAAAGUUGUUAACAAUAAAUAGACUGUCUCACUGCA